GAGUCCGGGGACGACGACGAAUGGUAAAUAUGAUCUAUUUGGAAUAGUUUAAAGGAUAUUUUUGACCCUUUUCCAAUUAGAUACAUGGGAUACACAACACAAAUUGCACCUUUUAAAAUCUUGUUCAAACGAUAACACGAAAAAGUAUGGAAAUGGAAGAUAAAGCAGAGUCAGGAAAGUGGUCCGAAUUAACCCAAGUGUGUCUCAUCAACAUCCUCUCACGCCUAUCUCUCCCUGAAAGAUGGGUUGGACCCAUGUUUGUCUGCAAAUCAUGGUUCCAAGCUUGUAAGGAUCCCUACCUCAACACUCUCUUCGAUGUGGAAACUCAAUUUGAUUCGGUGACUGAGUUGCCUCGUUAUUGGACACCUGAGUUUGAGCGUAAGAUUGAUUGUAUGCUUCGAUGUGUUGUCCUUUGGAGUGAUGGAUCUCUUCAUACUAUACGUGUUAGACACUGCUCCGAUUAUUCCCUCUCUAUCGUUGCUCAAAGGUGCCCAAAGCUUCAAGUUCUCUCUAUCAAAAGCUCUCCACAUGUAACUGAUGAAAUCAUGAGUAAUAUUGCCUCUCAAUGCCCCUUGCUCAGGGAACUUGAUAUCAGCUUCUGCUAUGAGAUAUCUCACAAGUCUCUGUCUAUAAUAGGACAGCACUGCUCUAAUUUGCAAAUUCUGAGCCGAAAUUUUAUGAACUGGUUAGAUCCAUCACAACAUGUACGUGUUGUCCCCAGGGAGUAUCUGGAUGCCUGUCCUCAAGAUGGUGAUUCGGAAGCUGCUGCUGUUGCGAAAUUUAUGCCUCAACUGUUACAACUUGAACUCCAGUUCUCCAAGUUGACUAAUAAAGGUCUAACUUUGAUAUCUGAAGGGUGUACAAACCUUGAGUAUCUGGAUCUAUCUGGGUGUGCAAAUGUUACUGGCCGGGGAAUUUCCAGCGCCUCAUCGAAUAUGAAGAAGUUGAAAACCAUGAAGAAGCCUAACUUUUACAUCCCAGGGUCAGUAUUUCACACUGAGAGGUAUGGGCACUGGCAAUUGUAUGAUGAACGAUUCCAGACAGAUGUUUUUCGCAUUUGAUCAGACAGAAUGGAGAGUGAAAAAUGUCUCUUUAAUUGUAUUGUGGUCUCAAUUGUGUACCUGUAAAAAGGGUUAUGGUCAAAAUUGAAAUAGCUACUUUAUACUCUAUUUUUCUUUUUCUGUUUGAGACGGUAAACUUUUGAUAUACUUUAGAAUGCUGUGUCAUGUGCAUAGAACUCUAUACAUGUUUUGUUAUUUGUGAUAUUUUGUUGUCUAUUUUGAUUUUGUGAUAUUCCUUACCUCCCGAGGUAGGGUAAGGUCUGCAUACACUUUACCUAUCCAGACCCUACUUGUGGGACUAUGUUGUUGCUGUUGUUGUUUUGUUCUGAUUUUGUGAUAUUGCUACUGACGAAAUAUUUCCAUGGA